AUGUAUACACUCCGCUCGCAGGCGCAACUCUUCGCCGCAGAGAAAAAAAAAAGAGGUAUGGCGCUCCAGCUGGGCAGGCUUCUGCGACCACCCUCCGGGGUUGCUGGUUGCAAUACUUCUCGGGGCUUUAUGACUACAUCUGGACUUAUGUCUGGGCACAACAAAUGGUCCACCAUCAAGCACGAUAAGGCUAAAAAUGACAAGGCCAAGAGCAAAGAGCGACAGAUGGUGAGCAAGGAGAUCAGCAGCGCUACACAAUUAUGGGGCGCCGAUCCAAAGUACAACCCCCGUCUAACCCUCGCCCUCUCGAAUGCGAAACGAGCCUCCAUCCCCAAGACCAUCAUCGAAGCAGCCAUUGCGCGGGGACAAGGGCUCAGCGUGACAGGACAAGCGCUGGAAUAUCUGACAAUUGAAGCCAUGCUACCGGGCUCCGUAGCUGCCGUCGUGGAAUGUCAAACGGACCAGAAGGCACGAGUGCUACAGGACGUACGAUACUUGAUCAAGAAUGGAGGUGGGACAGUGACGCCCACGACAUUCUUAUUCGAAAAGAAAGGGAGAGUGGCGAUGGAGAAGAAGGAUGGCUUGAACGCCGACGAUUAUCUGGAUCAGGCCAUUGAAGCCGGCGCAACGGAUAUAAUUACGGAUGAUAGAGGCCGCCUGGUCAUCUUCACUGAUCCAUCAGAGACGAAAAGCGUCGGCGAGGCUUUCACCAAGCUUUCUGGACUCACCAUCGAGGAAUUGGAGAUCUUCUGGGACCCGAAUCAGGACACGCUGGUUGAAGUGCAGGAUGCGGAACAGAUUAAAGGUCUUGAGGAUUUAUUGAGUUCCCUGCGCGAAGACCCCAGCGUUCAAGAUAUCUAUUUGAACUCGACCGAGAAAUUCUGA